GCUUGAUUGGUUAAACCGCGGCGUUACUGUACGGAGCUAUAACAGAGACACAUGGUGCUACAAUGCGGCACCGUUGAUGAUAUGUCUUCAGUGGUAGUUAUUGAUUAAGGAAUGGAGACAGCAGCCCUGGUAGUUCCAGUCACAGCUCUGGAGUUCCUUCAGGAUGUGUUUCUACUGACAGGUGAGGGUCCAAUCUUGACAGUGUACGGUCUCCGACCUCGCCCUAAAGCCUGUGCCUCACUGAGCGUGCUCCAACACUGCAGAAUCCAUGGGAUAAGACCUCGAAGUGUGGUGGUUGUCCCAGCACAGAGCUCUGCCACAGGAACCCACGGGGGGAAGAAAGAUGAACUGAGCACCAUCUCGGGGCCCAACUUCUAUGACCUAGCAGUGUUUGGGGGAAAGGCUGUGAGGCUGGUGAGGCUCCACGUGGAUCUCCAGGAUGGGGAGCUUCUGCGCUUGGAGAUUCUGGGUCCCCUCGUGGAGCUACAGGACUGGGCCCUGGAUGUCCGCUGGCUCCCUGGAGACAAACGCUCUCUGCUCUGUGUGGCUGUAGCCCACAAUAGUGCUCUCCUCCUGGACGUCACUACAGGAAAUACCCUGAUUCAGCGCUCCUGUCUGGAGGGGUGUCUGCUGUACUCUGCCCUCCUUCUGGUACAUGAAUCCUGGGAAGAUUCUGUCUUAGUAGGAGGGACUGUUUUCAACCAGCUGGUUGUCUGGAAGCCUGGAGGAGGAAACGAAAGUGGAGAUUCUGAGUACAAAGCUCCAGUUGAGAGACGCCUGAUGGGCCACAGCGGGGUCAUCUUCAGCAUCUCAUACCUCCGAGAGAAAGGAUGGCUGGCUUCAGCCUCUGACGACCGCAGUGUGAGGGUGUGGGGUGUUGGUGCUUUAGGGGGCCCUGGAGGGAGAUGCGGGGACUCGAACGCAACUUGUUUAAGAGUCCUGUAUGGACACCAGGCUAGGGUGUUCUCAGUGCGUCUCUCCCCAGGGAACGUGUUCAGUGCUGGGGAGGAUGGGGCCUGUUUAGUCUGGGACUGGGCCGGGGGUGGCAAGGUGGUUCGUACAUUGAAGGGACACCGAGCUGGGGGGGUUCGUGCACUCGCAAUCAGUGAAGGAACAGGAGAUGAAGAGAGAUGGGUGGCUACAGGGGGGGCGGAUGGAGGGGUGAGGUUGUGGAGGGUAGAAGGGAGUGAGGAGAGGAAGGACAGAGUGGAGGAGGCAGUGACAGAGAAGUUAAGUGACCUGAAAUUUCCUGGUCAAGGCUCGCCUAAAGUGGUUUGCAUAGUCGGGGAAGAGGAUGAAAAUGUGGGCUGGUGUCAGAGUAAGUUUGUGGUUUGCACUGACCAAGGAAUAGUUUACCAGUACGGCGAUGGGCAGUGGGAGAUGGUCUGGGAAGGGACUCGUGAGUUUCAAUCUUACUGUGUGAUGGAAACAAAGACGGUUAUUGUAAAAGACUCAAUAGGAACAGUUAACUUGUGUGCUGUGGGAAACCUCAACGGGUCCAUACAAGUCUUCCCAAUCUCUCAUCCUCAGUGUGGGAUUCUUCUCACAGGUGGGUCAGGGAAGAUCCAUAGUCUUAUUUGGCGAGAGGCAGAAGAAAGCUUGUAUUUGCUAGCUUCAGGCGCUGAAGGACUUGUCUACCGCUGGUGUAUAGAAGUAAAACUAAAUGAAAACGGUUCCUUGACUCUCAGAGUAAAUCCCCUUCCUCCCUUCCUCCUCCCCCCAUGUGCCAAACGCUGGCUAACAGCUGCAGUGCCCCUCAUGUCCACGUCACAGGGGUUGCUGUGGGUGUGUGGGGACAGGAGAGGGUCUCUGCUUUUGUUUCAGGAAGGAGGAAAACUUGAGCAAAGGAUGGUAUAUGAAAAAACAGGCAGGAAACAAACUGAUGAUGAAGGGAUUGGAUGUGAGGAAAAUGGAAGUGAAAUGAUGGAGGAAAGAGAACGAAAAGAAGUGGGUGACCGCACACUGCACCCACUGAACUACCUGUUCGGAGUGCAUGGAAAACAGGGUGUAACUUCAGUGUGUGAAUACCAGGGACUGCUCUACAGCACCGGGAGAGACGGCUGUGUGAGGGUCUUCAGAGUGCGUCCAACACCACCGGAAAGCCCAGAAGAAGAGGGUAAUGGAAAGGGUGUGAAGAACAAAGGAGGGCUUCAGCUGGAGGUUCUCAGAGUCCAGCGGGCCUGCAAGGGUAUGGAGUGGCUGGAGAAGGUUUUGAUUCUUGAACCUGAAAUUCCAGUGGAAGAGGAAGAGGAGGAGGAGGAGGCAGAAGUCGGAGAGGAAUGUGAGAACCACUACAAGACAAAGAAACACAAUUUGACAGAAAAGCUGGAGAUGACAGAGGAUGGGAAAGAGGAGGGGAGCUUUGGAAGAGAAGAAGAAAAAACUGAGAAGGAGGAAAGAGAAGCCAGGUUCGUCAUCGUUGGCUUCCAUGCCAUCCACUUUGUGGUCUGGGACCCGGUGAGGCAAGAGAGGCUGCUAGCGGUGCCUUGUGGUGGGGGACAUCGCUCCUGGAGUCUCUGGCCUUCCCACAAAGGGGUUUGGCCUGGAUAUGGAGCUCUGGUCUUCAUCAAACAGGGGACUGUCCUGGCUUCGCAACCCCCUGGAGAGGCGCCGAGCUGGGCUGGGAAGGCAGGAAGGACUGGAGGAUGGGGCCUGAGAGAGGGCGUCCACGGGAGGGGGAUUGGGUGUGUAUGCAGGCUGGGGAGGAUAAGGGGAACUGGGAAUAAGAUUCAAACAAAGAGUACUGGAAAUGUGACCGAAAUUGAGGGAAGGGGUGGACUCAAAGAUGAAGUAAAGGAGGAAGGGGAUUGGGAGAUAGUGGUGACGGGAGGAGAGGACACUAGCUUAACCGUCCUGGCGCUACAUCCCAACUCUGGCAGCGUCAGAGUCCUCUCAGUUAUUACCGACCACAUCUCAAGCGUUCGGACAGUGACAGCGCUAACACGCCCAGAGAGAGAGAACCACACUCAGUCUCUCUCUGCCCUGCUCGUGUCAGCUGGCGGGCGAGCUCAGAUGCAGUGUUACCGGCUGUUGAUCAGCUGGGACAGGCAGAGACAGGUUCCCUCCUGCCAGGUAGUCCAGGUGGCCAGUCAUCGAUUGGACGAGCAGUGGGAGAGGAGGCGGAACCGACACAAGACAGUGAAAAUGGAUCCAGAAACAAGGUACAUGUCUGUAGUGGUGGUAAAUGAGAUGAAAGACUGUAGGCUUCUGGCUCUGGGCUGCAGCGACGGAGCUCUCAGAUUGUUCUCAGUCAGUGAAGUUAAAUGUCAAAUUGAAUUGUUGUGGGAGACAUUUUACCACCAGCGCUGUGUGCUCAGUGUUGCUGCCUGCAACCUGGAGGAUGGAAAGGCAACAGGUGAGCCAAAGUAUGAGCUGCUGUUCAGCGCUGCAACAGAUGGCAAAAUUGCUGUGUGGGAUUUAACUGAAGCUUCUUCCUUAUCGACCGGUACUUCAAGCAGCGCUCCAGCACCGCCAAUCCCCUGCCUCAACAUUCCCGCCCACCAGAGCGGUGUCAACUCAUUGGCUGUUUGGGCAGAGAAACUGGGACAAGAGGGCGGUUGCCUGGUAACUGUUGCUAGCGGAGGGGAUGAUGGGCAGCUGACAGUGUCCACGAUUAGGGUGCAGUACCCAGAGGACUGCAAGAUUGGGGGCAGCAGAGGGUUUUCUCAGAUUUCUGAGCCCCAGAUUUCUCUACAAACCCAGUUCCAACCCUCAAACCAGCUUAAUCUUCAUCUCCACUCCCAGUCCCACAUCCCGCUGGCUCAUGCUGCCCCUCUGACUGCCCUGAAGCCCCUGAGACCAGCCCUCGUGGUCUCCACUUCUUCAGAUCAGAGGGUUUGCCUGUGGAGUGUCGGCAGUACUGGUAUCAGCCACAUCGGGGCGCUGUGCUCCCACGUUGCAGAUGCUGCAGGACUCGCAGUGUGGGAGGGGCAGAUGAUAGAGGAGGAGGAAGGAGAUAAAACAACGAAAACAAGGUUUGAGUCUGAGCAGGAGACUGCAAUUUGGAGAGUGAAGGGGAGUCAGACAGGAUUAAAAACGAUGUGUGAGACAGCAGAGGGAAAGACAGGUGGGAGAUCCAAUAAGGAAGCCGCUGAUGAGGCAGAGGGCGGAGAACCUGUUGAAGCCAAAAGCGAGACAGGUGACCCAGUUUGUGAGACAAGUGAUGAGGAGGGAGUUGAGACAGCUGGUGAGCGUAGAAACCUAACAGUGACUGACAGCGUUGGUAAGACAGAGUGUGAGGUAAACAGCGAGACAGGUUCCAAGGCUUCCUGUGAGAGCAUGAAGAAGAGAGGAAGGACGGGAUGGGUGCUGGUCUGUGGCCAGGGCUUCCAGCUACUGCGAGUCAGAAAUACAGACAUGGAUGCAGAGACGUGGACUACAAGAAGAGAAGGAGUUAAAAUGACUUCAAAAGAAAAGUCAACAUAAGUGGAAUCAAAAGUUAUCAGCUUUCUCAGUGGACACCUUUUUUUUAAAACUAUUAUUAUUUAUGAAUUAUCUGUAAAUUGAAGCUGUAUUAAUUGAUAUCAAAAUAAUUUUACUUUGAUAAUUUUUACAUUUUUAAUAAAAUAUAUUUAUUCUCCUGA